CUUGGCUUUUCUUCACUAAAUGCAAAAGUGCAAAAGUGUUCAAAGGCUUUUUUUCACUAAGGUUGUUAGAGCGCAUUCCUACAUUGUUCAAAGGUCUUUGUUGCUGAACAUGAUGAAGAGAUUCACAAAACAAAAAACUUGGUGAAACCUGGCAAAACUCGAUUUGCUACUGCUUUCUUGACCUUACACCGUAUGCAUAUACAAAAGGCCAAUUUGAGAUGCUUGUUCAUUUCGGAUGAAUGGAACAGUAGUAAAUUUGCAAAUGAAGUCAUGGGGAAAGAAGUUGCACGCAUAAUGAUGUCUUAUACUUUUUGGAAUAAUGUUGUUCAUGCUCUUAAAAUUGGUGGGCCGUUGAUUAAAGUACUUCGUUUGGUGGAUGGAGAACAAAAACCACCCAUGGGCUACCUUUUUGAAGCUAUGGAUAGGGUUAAGGAGUUUAUACGAAAAUCAUUUAGUGACCCACAUAAGUAUGCAAAGGUCUUUGACAUCAUUGAUAAAAGGUGGUCGGAUCAACUUCAUCAACCUUUGCAUGCCGCUGGGAAUUUGUUGAACCCAUCAAGCUUUUAUGAUAAUAAUGAGAUGCGAUUACUAAAUGCAAAAGUGACGAAGGGAUUCUAUGAGAGUGUUGCUAAGUUGGUUCCCAAUAUAGAUGAGCAAGAUCAAAUAGGGGACCAACUAAGUGCUUAUACUAAUUCUGAAGGGACCUUUGGGUUUCCAAUGGCUAUAAGACAAAGAAAGAAGAAGUCUCCAGUUGAAUGGUGGAGGCUUUAUGGUGGAGACACUCCGGAAUUACAAAAGUUUGUCAUCAAAGUUCUAGGUCUAACUUGUAGCUCUUCCGGAUGUGAGAGAAACUGGAGCGUGUUUGAACAUGUAAGAACUAAGAAGAAUGAUUUAGUAUAUUGAGAUAACUAAUUAUAUCUCAACUCCUAUUAAUUACUUGCCACAACUUAUUUGCAAAUUCAUAGCAAGAAGAGGAAUAGACUAACCCUAAAGCGCCUCAAUGACCUAGUGUUCAUAAAAUAUAAUAGAACAUUGAGGCGUCGUUAAAAUGCUCGCAAUGUAAUUGAUCCAAUUGGUUUGGACAAUAUUGAUGAUGCCAAUGAAUGGCUCACCGGGGCUGAGAAUGCUGAAGAUGAAGCAAUUUUUGAGGGAGAUUCUGAUUUCACUUUCGGUGUUGUUGCCGAGGCAAUGGGGGUAGAGGAGAACCAGUAUGGUUUAAGGGGGAAUACUUCAAGCCAACAUAGGAGGGGAAAAGAAGUAGCUACAAGUCAUUCCCUAAUUGAUGAAGUUGAAGAAGAUGAUAAUGAAAUUGAAGAAGAUGAUGAGCAAUAUGAUGAUGAUGUGGGAGUACAAGAUUUUGACAAUCUUGUAGAAGAAUAAGAACUAGAUGUCGAACUAUUAGUAGCUUUGAUUUUGUUUGUCCUAUGGUCCGGAGGAUUUUGUGAUAUCCACUUUAGUUUUUUAUUUAAACUUUUAGUCUAUGGAUAUCUACUUUAGUUUUGAAUUUGAACUUUUGCUUAUAUAUAUAUUCUCUAUUUAUUUUGCUCUUUUUUAAAAAAAAUUGUGCUUCACCUCAAUGAA